GAUAUGCUGAAGUUUUUGUAACUUAGACAGUCCGAAAUGUAACUAAAAUCGCACGCGAGUUCGCGCGUCGUCUAAAUGAGUUUUUAGUGGAGUGUUACACAACCACAUAAACCCAAGGAUUUCAAUCUGGAUAAAAGGCCACGAAACAUGGCGUGGUGAAUUUCAAGAUAUGAAGCUUCUCAUGGAUACUGGUAGAUCAUUGGUAUACGAUCUCAUGCGUAAAGCGGAAACCGUGUGGGAUUUAAAGGAAGAAUUUGGGAGAUACAAAACUUUUGCUAUUGGAGAAAAAGUAUAUCUUAUGCGCACGAAAAUGGGAGAAAUGAUUCGAUUGGGUGUGCGAAGUCAAAAAAUGCAGCGUAUUCGGACAACCACCCAGUUGAUACGGAAUAUGACAAAUCUUCAAAGGAUGGGCCAGGAAUUGUUUCUUUUUAUGGAAGAGUUGUUAAAAUAUGAUAGCGAAAUAAUGAAUCAAGACAAAAUAAGAAAUGUUUCAAGAUUAUCGCCUGGCGAAAAUUGUCAGGUAGCCGGUUCGAUGGCUAUACCAGCGUCAGUGAUGGACGAUCACGGUACGAAAAAGAACGCCGCCAGAAGACAACAUAUCAUAAACACAUAUCUACAGGAGCCACGAAAACCUGCUAUCGACGUUCGGAAGGAAAUUAGUGACGUUAACAAAAAAAUCACUACAAAGAAACGUCAAGAUGAUGACAUUAUAGAUCUCGCACCAGAUAUUUUCUAACUUAGAUACCUAAUACUGUGUACCGUGUAAAGCACCUAUUGUAUACAUAUUGUACUUUUCGAUAGUGAAAGUUGUACUUACCAGAUUAUGGUGUAUUAGGGCCGGUUACACCAAACCGUCUGGCACCGUUAAACCGUUCGUUAAAUUUUAUUGUAUGAGAAAUUCCAUAGAAAUUUGCUGAGUGACGGUGAUGUGUCUGUCAAAUGUGGUUGAUGCAACUGGCCCUUAAACAUGUA